CAUAUGAUUGUUACUCCGAAAAGUACAACACUAUUUACUUACAACAACACUUUUUACUUACUAUAUAAUUAACGCAAAAAAAAAAUAAAUAGUAAAUAAAAAAUAAUAUAAAAGUUUGCAAAUAAAUCUCUGCAGUUUUUUCCAAAAUGGGAAAAUCAAGUAAACACGAGAAUAAAUCGAAGAAAAAACACAAGCACAAAGAACGCAAAGAGAAAAAGAAGAAAUCGAAGAAGUUAAAAAAACACUCAAAGGAAAAGAAGGAUAAAGACAAGAAAGCGGACGAACAAAACGAACUCCGCGCCAUUACAACAGAAAACCGAACUGUAAAAGAUAAUGAUGAUGAUUUUGCCAUACCCGUAGAGCUAAUGAACAGUAAAUCACAUGCUCCGGAGACACCAGAAGAAUAUCAACAACGUCAAAAUCGUAUACGUCGAGAAAUUGAUCCAGUUACGGGUCGUUCCAGGCUGAUUAAAGGCGAUGGUGAAGUUUUAGAGGAAAUAGUCAGUAAAGAACGCCAUAAAACCAUAAAUAAGGAAGCCACCAAGGGAGAUGGUGAAUUUUUUCAGGAAAAUACAUUGGCUAAAUUAUAUUGAUUGUUGUUUGGUGGUGGUCUGCAUGAAAAUAUUUCUAUAGUUGUGUUUAUGAGCCAAGUACAUACCGGAAUUAAUAAAACAACUUUUAUGUUGUAAUGGGCUAAUAAACGGGGUUGUCAUUUUGUUAAUAACAAAUCAAAAUAAGGGUGGAAAUUUGAAAUUCCACACAAAUUGUUCUUUAAGAUUAGGUUUUCAUUCUACUUCAUCUAAUAAGAAAAUGAUUUCAAAUGCAAUACAUUGCAGUUUUGGGU